AUGUCAGAAUUAAAUUUGACUAUAUUUUUGUUGUUAAUCACUUCCUUAUUUUCAAAAUUAAGUUCAUCUAAUACUUUACAUAAAGGAGCAGCAUGCUUUUCGAAAACCUUUUUGGCAACAAAUUUUAAUGCAUCCGAAAACAACAACAUCCCUUUAAGGAUUAAUGGAAACGAAUGUGGAGAAGAUGAUUUUUCAAUAAGUCAAAGAGAAGAUAUUAAUUUAUUUACACUUGCUGAUGGCGUUGGAAGUUGGGUUCAAUAUGGAGUAAAUCCAAAAAUUUUCACAAGAGAACUGCUGAAAAGCAUCAAUAUACAAUUUAAACUACUGAAUAACUCAACAAUUACAGAGCAUGAUAAGAGGAAAGUUUCAUUCUUGCUUUACAUCAUUAGUAAAGCAUAUGACAAUGUUCAAAGAACGAAAAAAUUUAUAAGAUUAGGAAGUUGCACAUUAGUUGCUUUAUCAUUAAAUCUUAAAACACUUCAUUUAAAUUCUUAUGUGCUUGGUGAUUCUGGGUUUAUGAUUAUAAGAAAUAAUCGAAUUGUUUAUCGAAGCAAAGAUUUACUUCAUGGAUUUAAUUUUCCUUUUCAACUAGCUUUUAUGACUGAGCAUUCAAAUUCACCAUUUGAUGGCUUUAUUCGACCUUUUAAAUUAAGAGUAAAUGAUGUAAUAAUUAUCGGAAGUGAUGGUCUUUUUGAUAAUCUUUAUGAUGAAGCUAUUCUGUAUUAUGUGAAUAAGGAAGUUAAAUAUCUAAGUCCAAAAAUUCAAAAAGGAUAUUCUGAAGCUGCAAGAAGAAUUGCUAAGAAGUUGACAAUUAUUGCAAAACGCAUUGGUGAGAUUGAGAAUGAAGUAGCGACGCCUUUUAGUGAUGAAGUUAAUGCUCUGCAAAUUUUAAACUUUACGGUUUAUAAUGGUAAAAAUGAUGAUACAACAGUUGUUGCUUUUAUAGUCUCAUAGUUCAA